CGUGUGGGAGGACGGAGACGGCAAGAGAGAGCGGUAGAGAGCGAGAGUCUCCAAAUUCCGCUGCUGUCUCAGCAUCCAUCCUGCAUGAGACGAUGUUCCGGAGAGCAGGUGGCGCCGAGCGGAGGACACCCGCGAGCGGCCAAAAUCAAUAGGAGGACGACCGAGAGGAAUAGUCGGCCAUCACUUCUUCUUGUCUGGGCUUGAUCUGCUUCAAACUUUCCACUCCUACGCACCACCUCCUGUGCAGUUUUUUUUUCUUUUUCUUUAUUUUUUCCCCAUUCAGCGGGGUGCACCGCCCAGCUGGAGCCGCGUAGAAGGCGAAGAUAAGCGCUUGUGGAGAUCUUCAAGUUCACCAUCGAGGUGGAGGAAUUAUAGACGGACGAAUUCCUCACAAUCCUGUCUUUCCUUUCACACGGAUUAUGCGUUUGUAGCGCCAAGUAAAUUCGAAUCGGAUUCGGAUUGAGUCGGGGUGAGACAGACUUGACGGAGGAUUUUUUUUCUCUCCUGCUGCUGUGAGACUGGGUCAGAGAGGGAGCCGUCACAUUUCUGCUCCACUAAGCCCGUGGUCAGCAACCUGCAAGGUGCAUCCCACGCAAGCACUGGUCUUGGAUCGACAUCUCUAACAGUCGACCUGAAUUCUGACGUUGGCUAGCCUUGCAGAUCAAGACUGACAAUCUGCAGUGAAGGAGGUGAGAGAGAAGAGCGGGGCAUGGCAGAGGGGAUGAUUGCUUCUCAAAGUGAGCCAUGACAGAAUGGUGGACUGCUUGAGCAAAGUCAUGCUGCACACGGUCAUCUCAUGCUGGCAGUCAGUCCUGGGACUGGCCCUGCUGGCCGUCUUUGUGGGCUCCUCCCUGGGCUGCCCCUCCCGCUGCGAGUGCUCAGCGCAGACUAAGGCUGUGGUGUGCCACCGCAAGCGCAUGCCCACCAUCCCCGAUGGCAUUCCAGGUGAGACCAGGAUCCUUGACCUGAGUAAGAACAAGCUGACCAUGAUCAACCCGGACGAUUUUGGCGCCUUCCCAAGUCUGGAGGAACUCGACCUGAGCGGGAAUAUCAUCAGCUAUGUAGAACCGGGUGCCUUUAAUGCUCUAUUCGUCAUGCACUCGCUCAGCCUGAAGAGCAAUCGGAUCAAGCUUAUCCCUUUGGGCGUCUUCUCGGGCCUGGCCAACCUUACCCGGCUGGACGUGAGCGACAAUAAGAUUGUCAUACUCCUGGACUAUAUGUUCCAGGACUUGCACAAUCUCAAGUUUUUGGAGGUGGGCGACAACGACCUGGUUUACAUCUCGCACCGUGCAUUCAGUGGACUUUUGAGUUUGGAGACACUGGCCCUGGAGCGGUGCAACCUCACCGUGGUGCCCUCCGAGGCUCUCUCGCACCUACACAACCUGGUCAGCCUGCACCUGCGAUACCUCAGCAUUAGCACUUUGCAUCCAUAUUCCUUCAAAAAGCUGUUCCGGCUGCGCCACUUGGAGAUUGACAACUGGCCGUCACUGGACCACAUCCCGGCAAACACCCUGCAUGGCCUCAACCUCACCACCCUGUCUGUCACCAACACCAACCUGUCGUCCUUUCCCUACCAGGCCUUAAAGCACCUGCCCUACCUGACGCACCUCAACCUGUCCUACAACCGUAUCCGGCACAUCGAAGGGGGAAUGUUGAUGGACCUGGUUCGCCUUAGGGAGUUUCACCUGGUGGGCGCUCAGCUCACCGCCAUUGAACCAUACGCCUUCCAAGGCCUGCGGGGGCUGAAGGUGCUCAACGUUUCGCACAACCGGCUGGACACACUGGAGAAGGGCGUGUUCCAAUCCCCGGAAGCUUUGGAGGUCCUCCUUAUUGACAACAACCCGCUAGUGUGCGACUGCCGCCUCAUGUGGAUUUUACAGAAAAGGCACACCAUAUUGUUUGGAGAUUCCCAGCCGGAAUGUAACACCCCCGAGGGGAUCCGAGGCAGGCCUUUUCAGGAGUUUAAGGAAAGCUUGCUGUCUUACUACGUGACCUGCACCAAGCCAAAAAUUCGUGAGAACAAGACGCAAACUGUGACAGUGGAUGAGGGCCAGCACGUUUUGCUCCACUGCAGUGCUGAGGGGACGCCAAGGCCCACUGUGUCCUGGGUUUCCCCGCGGCGGCGCAUCCUGACAGCCAGGAGCCACGGCAGGGUAAUGGUGCACAACAACGGAACCCUGGAGAUCAAGUCGGCUGAAAUUCAAGAUGGCGGCGUCUACCUCUGCCUCGCCUCCAACACGGCUGGGAAUGACACACUGAUGACAUCACUGGCCGUCAAGAGUCUGGGCUCACUGUACGCCAACAGGACCCAGCAUUACACCGACCCCAGCAACACCACUGCCAACGGGACCGCCAGUGUCACCAUUGGCUUGGACCUCAAAACCAUUUUGGUAUCCACGGCCAUGGGCUGUUUCACCUUCCUGGGGAUGGUCUUGUUUUGCUUCCUGCUCCUGUUCGUCUGGAGCAGGGGCAAAGGAAAACAUAAAAACAAUAUCGACGUGGAAUACGUGCCUCGAUCCAAGUCCAACGGCACCAACGUGGACUCGGCCGACAUUCAGGCCGGUCCUCAUCGCUUCAACAUGAAAAUGAUGUGACGUCUUUUUAUAGGAAAAAAUUCUGGAUCGAGUGUGGAAAAUAUCCCAAAGUACAUUCUAUUUUUUUGCAAAUAGAGCCACAGCGUGCGGACGAGUGGUCUUAAAGGACUUUGGGGUUAAGGAACAAUGAGCAGAACCUUGAAAAUACAGCUAGUAGGAUGUCGGAAUUGCUUCAGCUCAGAGGAGGAUUGAACAGAUUCCUGGGAAUUAAGUGUCAUUUAUCUGCUUUUUGAGAUUUAUAUACCCCUUAAACAAAAAAAGAGAGAGCGAAUGCUCUGACUUCUCGGGGUUGGAUCUUCUGGACUCAGCUGAACUGUGUACAGUACCAAUUUGUAUCUAAUGCUAAAAAAAAUCUUUGUUGAGUCUUGCGCCACAUGCUUCAUCACCCAUCCGAUCAACCAAUGGCGGUGACCAUCGCUUCUUCCGUUCGAUAUUUUUGCCCGUGUGUACCAAAUGCUUUGUUUAUUAUGUAAACUUACUGUAUGUACAUACUCAUUCAAAAGAAAUAUUCACAGCAAUAUUCAUGGGAUGCAUUAGCCAAAAUUGAUAUAACCCUAUACAGUAUGUUCAGCAAAAAAAAAGAAAAAAAAAAGAAAAAAAAAAAAAGACUUGCGACUUAAAAUUUCCAUAGGUUCAGAAAGGGCUUCUAUGGGUGAUAAUGUGUCCCUGCUCCCCCACUAUUGACUCAGAAAUAAGAAAUAUGAAUAAAUACAUAUUUAUCAAAGAAAGUAUUUUAUUUAUGAAGAAUGUUGGUCAAAAAUCAACCCUCAACUGCUGUCGGGUGUCCAAUAUAGUAUCUGGACGGUCCCUUGGAUGAACAUGAACCACCGUUUUGUCCGACUUCAGUGUCUUUCUAUUCAUUUAAAGUGUACCUUUUUGGCCCAUGUGUCAACUUUUUGGCCAGUGUGUCAACUUUUUGCUACAGUGAUAUUCGCAUUGUUUCUUUAUUCUUUCCCCAGUAGAAAAAAACUGACUUUGUUGUAGUAGUUCCUCAUUUUGUUGUUGAAUCAUUUAGAUAAUGACUAUUAAAAAAAUAAAAAAUGUGUAUGUGGAAUAAAUCCAGUUGUAUUUGUACAUGUGACUGAAGUCAGUUUUAUUAAUGACACAACGCAGCUGUCGUAUAAUUGUGUAGUCGCAAAUGGUUUGAAUUAAAAUUGAAAUAAAUUUUACUGUGGCGGGCGCCUUGAGAUACGAGUUUAAUUUAUACCUCAAAUUAUCAUUUCCAACUGAAGUGAUUCGAAUGCAAAUAAUCCAAUUCCAUACCCCAAUACACACCCAACUGUGUUCCUUAUUUUUCUUUCAUUUUUCUUUCAACAGAGGUUGCACUCAACAAUAUUGUACUGUAUAAAAUGUACAGGCAUACCAUUUUCACUUGACUUAACCUGUAGUCUCAGAAGAUGCAAGAUGUACCUAAUGUUAUGCUCAUACCUGUUAUUUCUCUUCUGUGGUCUCCACUGGCAGUUGGCACACCAGUUUAAUGGCGCAUUACUACUAAUAACAUAUUGUGCUGCCACCGCAAGGUAACCAAUGUGAAUUGAUAGUGUACGUGAAAUUUGCUGCUGUUUUCCAUUGGUGGGUGUCUGAAGCUCAUG